CUUUUCCUGAAUUCGCUCUUCGGUAUAUUCUUAGCGAUGAAGCAACAACUGUCGGCAAAGUAGCGGAAAAAGUACACGUUCUCUAACCCUUUGUAUUGACAUUGUAUUAUGCAAUACGCUAGUUAUUUAAAAGACGGCACUUGAAUUCUUCAUUAUCUGCAGAAUUCCGUGAGGGUUCGGAAUGGAGGACUUCUGCAAUGGAUCAGUUGUAUGGGAUACCAAUCUUACUUGGAGAAAUAGCUGGCCACAGUUUACAGAAUGUUUCCAGAACACUGUUCUUAUAUGGGUGGCAAGUGGCUGGCUCUGGGUUACCUCCCCUUUCUAUCUGCUAUACCUGAUGAGACAAAGGAAUGACCCCAACCCCGUAACAACCAAGUUUGUCUUCAAAGUAGUGCUGACCUUGUGUUUUCUAGCCAUAUGUAUCAUAGAGAUAGUGACAGCUGUGCAUGAUUUGUCUGCGAUCAACUCGUACUGGAAAGCCUGGCUGAUUGGUCCAAGUAUUGAGGCACUGACACUGUUGCUUGUUUUAGUAUAUAUUUUCCUGGAGAGACAGAAAGGGUUUGUUACAUCCGGAAUUCUAUUCAUGUAUUGGACAAUUGCCAACAUUACUUAUAUCAUUCCAUUCUAUCGGAAAAUUAUACUCAAGGAAUAUGUGGACAAACCUCCAAAUUUUAUUGUCUUCAAUGUCUAUUUUGGCCUCUGCCUCAUACAAUGGAUCCUUUUCUGUACAGCUGACAAAAUUAGUAGACCAGAAAUUGAGAAAGAAUGUCCAGAUGUGCGUGCUUCAUUCCUGUCUCGAAUUACUUUCUGGUGGAUGAACAGUUUGAUGAUCUCAGGGUACAAGAAACCAGUGACAGAAGGUGAAAUAUUCCAAUUAAAUCCAAGAGAACAGUCCAAAACAGUCAUUCCAAGAUUUGAAGCUAAUUGGAGCAAGGAAAAAGAGAAAUAUAGGACAGUGAGGUCACUUAAAGUAUUGGUCGAUUCCCCUGGCUCUGCCAAUCAGAAUCGGCCAAACUGUUACACCAGUAUACAAGAGGACACAUCAGAAAAAACUCCUCUCCUCCAGCGAGAUAAAACUAAGAAGUCCGAGAAAGAACCAGAAGUGAUCGGACCUUCUCUGAUAAAAGUGAUCAUCAAAACGUUUGGAUGGGAGAUAUUACAUGCUCAGACUUUUAAGCUUUUCUAUGAUGGACUUGUCUUUGUUCUUCCGGAGCUUCUCAAGUACCUGAUCCAGUUCUCUAAGAACGACCCGACUGACACAACCUGGCGAGAGGACUGGAAGGGCUAUGUGCUGGCCGCGGGCUUCUUCCUGACUGUGAUACUCCAGUCCUUCUUCUUCCAUCAGCUGUUCUUCUGGGGGGUGGGAGUGGGACUCCGAAUCAGGGCCUGCUUGGUGUCUGCUGUGUAUAAAAAGGCUCUGACUAUGAACAACCAAGCAAGAAAAGGUGCAACUGUCGGGGAAAUAGUGAACCUGAUGUCGGUGGACACCGAAAACAUACAAAACAUGAUCCCCUACCUGUGGGCGUGCUGGUCCUCGGUGCUCCAGAUAGGGGUGUGCUUGUACUUCCUGUAUGACACCGUCAAAUACGCAAUGUUUGCUGGACUUGGGUUCCUUAUUCUUCUGUUUCCAUUCAAUGGAGUGAUCAUGAAUAUGAUGCAGAAAUUACAGAAAGCCAAGAUGAAAGAAAAGGACAACCGUAUUAAACUGCUAACAGAAGUUCUGAAUGGAAUCAAGAUUCUGAAGUUGUAUGCUUGGGAAAUGUCUUUCAAGGAGAAGAUUGAAGCCAUUCGCAACAUAGAGUUGAGUCUUUUAAAGAAAGAAAGUAUGAUUGGCCUAUUCUUCUGGUUUUCUUGGAUUUUAGCACCAUACAUGGUCUCAAUGUUGACAUUCGGUGUGUACGUGUAUUCUAUCGACACCCACUUCCUCUCUCCAGAAGUGGCCUUUGUUGCAAUUUCUUUGUUGAAUAUUCUGCGCUUUGCUGUAAACAUGGCGCCAUGGAUGAUGUCUGAGGCAGUCAAAGCUUUUGUGUCAUUGAAGAGGCUCAAUAAAUUCCUGAACAAUGAUGAUAUAGAUCUGGAUUGUGUAUCACAUGAUCUUGAUAGAGAUGACACAAUAUCCAUUAAAGAUGGCACUUUUAUGUGGGAUUCAGAAGUUGGUGAAUGUUUGAAAAACAUCAACCUGACAGUUGAAGAAGGGAGUCUGGUGGCUAUUGUUGGACAGGUGGGGGCAGGGAAAUCCUCCAUAUUGUCAGCCAUACUGGGAGAAAUGAUCAAGGUCAAAGGUCAAGUUAAUGUCAAGGGUUCUGUGGCCUAUGUUCCCCAGCAGGCAUGGAUACAGAACAACAGCGUCCAGAAUAAUAUAUUGUUCAGCAAACCAAUGCGAUCGGACUACUACCAGCAAGUCAUUAAGGCCUGUGCUCUACAGCCUGACCUGGAAAUGCUGCCGUCAGGGGAUGCCACUGAGAUAGGAGAAAAUGGCAUUAAUUUGAGUGGUGGACAAAAGCAGAGAGUGAGUUUAGCCAGAGCUGUAUACCACGACACAGACAUUUAUCUCUUGGAUGAUCCUUUGUCAGCUGUUGAUUCUAAUGUAGGCAAACAUUUGUUUGACCAAGUCAUAGGAAAUACAGGACUGCUCAAAAAUAAGACGAGAGUUUUGGUCACUCAUGGAAUACACUGGUUACCAAAAGUGGAUAAAAUUGUUGUGCUCGCCAAUGGCUGUAUUACUGAGGUUGGGACUUAUGAGGAGCUGUUAAAUCAUGCCGGACCAUUCGCAGAGUUCCUGACCACAUACCUCACCAACAACAAAGAGGAGAGUGAUGAGGACCCUGACGUGAGAAAAACCAAAGAAAUGAUACUGCAAAGACUGGUGUCAGUGACUUCAGAUGAGGACGGGGAUGGCAGGAGGAUAUCUGAAUCAGAAAGUGAAAAGGGAUUAUUGCUACGGCAGAAGAGUCUUACAAUGAAGGAAGAAAAAACGGAAGAUAAAAGCAGAAUACAGAAGGGAAGUCAUAAGCUGAUAGAGGAGGAAAAGGCUGAAAUCGGCAAUGUAAAACUUGGUGUGUUUUUGACCUAUGCCCGAGCCAUUGGUAUGCCAUAUUUUGCUCUCUACAUGGUUCUGUAUAUCAUGUUUAUGGGUGUGAGUAUUUUCUCCAAUACAUGGAUAAGUUACUGGACAGAAGACCAGACCUUGAAUAACAUCACAGUCCUUGGAAACAGUUCACUCAGGAGGGAGAAGAAUGACUACUACUUUGGUGUUUAUGGUGGGCUGGGUGCAGCUCAAGCUGCCCUGAUAGUGCUGAUACAGCUGAUAUUUGUGUACCGCACCAUCAUAGCCUCCCGCUCGCUUCACCAGAGAAUGCUACACAAUAUUGUCCGCUCACCCAUGUCAUUCUUCGACACGACCCCCACUGGGCGCAUUGUGAACAGGUUCUCAGAUGACAUCAGCACCAUUGAUGGGGAACUCCCCAACACGUUCUUCAUGUUCAUGGACAGCUUACUGAUGGUCGUUGGAGCGUUAGUUGUCAUCUCAUUCAGUACCCCGGUUUUUAUGACUGUGAUUCUACCGCUCGGGAUCCUCUACUUUUUAGUCCAGAGAUUUUACAUUACCACAUCUCGACAACUCAAGCGGCUUGAGUCUAAGACUCGCUCCCCUAUCUACAGCCAUUUUGGUGAAACGGUUACAGGGGCGAGUGUCAUUCGAGCCUUUGGUUUACAGGGAGAGUUCAUUCUGGAGUCUCAGAAAAGAGUUGACACAAACCAAGUAUUUACUUUUGCCAGCAACACUGCUAAUAGAUGGUUAGGCUUUAGAUUGGAACUCCUAGGAAACUUUGUUGUUUUGGCAGCAGCCAUUUUUGCUGUUUUAGCCAGAGGCUCUAUUCAGGGAGGAAUCGUUGGACUCUCUAUCUCAUAUGCUUUACAGAUCACAGAGAACUUGAAUUGGUUUGUGCGGAUGAUAUCCCAACUGGAGACCAAUGUGGUAGCUGUGGAGAGGGUAUCUGAGUAUACAAAGACUCCAGUUGAGGCUGACCUUAUAAAUGAAUUUCAACGCCCAAUGCCUGGCUGGCCCUCUAAAGGGGUGGUUGAAUUCAAGAACUACUCAACAAGGUAUCGGAGUGGCCUUGACCUUGUGCUUAAAAAUAUCAACUUCAAGGUCAACGUAGCUGAAAAGGUUGGUAUAGUUGGAAGAACAGGAGCUGGAAAGUCUUCACUGACCUUGGCAUUGUUCCGCCUGAUUGAACCGACCUCUGGGUCCAUUGUCAUUGAUGAUGAAAACCUGUCUUACCUUGGCCUACAUGAUUCAAGGUCAAGGCUGACCAUUCUUCCACAGGACCCAGUUCUGUUUUCUGGCACACUGAGGAUGAACUUGGAUCCGAUGGAUAGCUACAAUGACCAGACACUGUGGGGGGCCCUGGAGCACGCCCACCUCAAGGACUUUGUCGAGGGCCUGCCCUCAGCCCUGGAGUAUGACUGUGGAGAAGGGGGCCAAAAUCUGAGUGUGGGACAGAGGCAGUUACUAUGUCUGGCGAGAGCACUUCUCCGAAAAACCAAAAUUCUUAUCCUGGAUGAAGCCACUGCAGCUGUUGACAUGGAAACAGAUGAGCUCAUUCAAAACACGAUCAAACAGGAGUUCAAUGACUGCACUGUUCUAACCAUUGCCCAUCGACUCAACACUGUAAUAGACUAUGACAGGAUCAUGGUUUUGGACCAGGGAGAAGUGAAAGAAUUUGACAAUCCGCAGGUUCUACUACAGAGGACGAAUAGUUUGUUUUAUCAGCUGGCAAAGGAUGCUGGGAUAGUAUGAAACCAACAUUUCCUUCCUAGCUUAAGCUAUUCAUGCACUUCCAUCUACAUACAUGUAUGAAUCUUUAUGUUUACAUUGUAGAAUACAUAAAAUCUAUUGAUUUCACAUGUACAUUUACCAAAUAUGAUUUGAUAUAUUUGAGAUGUGUUUUAAACCUGAGUCAGGUAGUAAUUCCUUUGAGCAGUAUGUUCAGUAUGCACAGUGAAAUAGAUUGCAGGAAAAUCAGAUGCCCUAUUCUGCAUGAAUGUAUAGACAAAUGUUCACCACUUGAAAAGUUAAACAAAUGUGUAUUUAGCAUAAAGUAAAAAAAGUAAAGUAAAAGUUUCAUUAUUUUUAUAUAGAAUUCCAUCAAGUAAGCAGGCAUUUCAGGCAUGUAUCAUUUCAAUUGAAGUAAUAAGUUAACCAAAAAUUAUUUGUUUGCUUCAUAUUAAAAAAUACUAAUGAGAUAUUGUGAAACAUAUAGCAGUUAAUUGGAAAUUCUUUGUAAAUCAUUUGUUAUGUUGUCCAAGUUUUGUUUGUGUGAAAAUUUGUGCACUGUUUGUUUCCCUCAAUUUUAUGGUGUGCCAUAUUACAUGUAGUCUUUUCACUGAAGUGGAAAACCUGUAAAAUCUGUACAUGUAUACAACCUGGAAUGUAAUUUAUGAUGACAAUAGAUGCAUGCAGCUAGCAGAGAGUAUGCUGAUUUGAUAAGUAUUUGAUUCAUUUUAUUCACAGGAACCUGAUAUAAACUAUUUUUUAAUUGAAAAAUAAUCUGGUAUUUUAGUACAUGAUUGUUCUUAGUAUAAAAAGGGAUAUUUUCAAAGUCAGGUGCCUCUGAUUUAUUGUCUAUGCCAAACUGUUGGAUGUUUAAAUAUUUAACUUGUUUUUGUAUAUUUUACUGCAUCAUUUUAAACGUUUUAAGCAUUUGGUAUGAACACAGAGUUGAAAUACCGGUAAUGUUAAUGAUAUCACAAUUUAUCAAAGUACAUUUAUUUUGCAUUACUGAAUCUGAACAAUUAUUUUCACGACCAGUAUUUUUACUUGAUCAGAAUUAUUGAAUCUCAUGUUUGUAUUUUUGAUCAGUUAUAACUCUUUUUGUCAGUAAACUUAAAUAGUAAAAAAUCAA